AAAAAAAAUCCUUAAAAUGUAGUCGUGUAAAGCUAUAUUAAAAAAAAAAAAAAAAAAAAAAAAGCAAGAGCAGAGGGUUGUGUCUCUUUAAGGCUCUGGCUGCUGCUGCGUGGACUUCUUAAAUUCGGUUUGACCUCGUGGUGGAGGAAACUGGAUUAAAAGGCGUCCAGGAGCGACACUAUAAGGAGGACGACGGUUAGAGAACAGGCUGUUUGUCCUGCUGCUAACCGGUCCAUCAUGGCAGGCGACAUGUUGUUAGUGAUGCGAGGAUUGGCCAAGUUGAGCCAGGCGGUUCUGGAGACUCAAACCGGCAUUCUUCGCUCUGGAGCAGGAGUCGAGGCAGUUGGUGCUGCAGUCCAAACCGUCCAGUCGGCUGCUGUGCAAGGCCUCAGUGCCGCCAUGACAAAAAUGGAGGAGCUGUCUGGCCAGCAGCAGUCCUCCUCCUCAGAUUCAGACUUCGACUUUGUUCAGGAUGAGACCGGAUUUACAGAGUCGCAGUUCCGAGAAGAAGGGGCAGACUUCACGGAGUAUCAGCCGAAAAGCGGUGAGGAAGGAGCAGCAGGCGAAGGUAGCCACGUUAACGGGAAGUUUGAGGGUUACAAGGAUCCCAGCAAACAGUUCAACAGCCAAACCAGGUUUUACCACCAAGACCACAGACAUUUCUCCAGGCGUGACAUUCUGAACAGACCUGCGUGGGAACAGCUGUGCUGUCAAAGCCCAGUCUGGCAGGUGCGAGGGUACCACCAGGACCAGUCCACAGUGGGCGGGCUGACGGCUGAACACAUAGAGAAAGCGAGACAGAGCAAGAGGGAGCGAGCGGAGGCCAAACCGCACAAACAGAUGUUAUGCGAGCGAGCCAGAGAGAGGAAAGUACCGGUGACUCGGCUCGGGAGAUUGGCUAAUUUUGGAGGAUUAGCUGUAGGUUUGGGUAUUGGUGCUCUGGCAGAAGUUGCUAAAAAGACCAUCAGGCACAACGCAGCAACAGGCGAAAAUAAGAAGGCGGUACUGGGCUCCAGCCCGUUUCUGUCCGAGGCCAACGCUGAACGCAUCGUCAGGACCCUGUGUAAAGUCAGAGGAGCGGCGUUGAAGCUGGGACAGAUGCUCAGCAUUCAAGAUGAUGCAUUCAUCAACCCUCAGCUUGCAAAGGUCUUUGAGCGUGUGAGACAGAGUGCUGACUUCAUGCCAAUAAAACAAAUGAUGAAAGCGUUGAACAACGACUUAGGUCCUAAUUGGAGAGACAAGCUGGAACUGUUUGAGGAGCGUCCGUUUGCAGCAGCGUCCAUCGGUCAGGUUCAUCUGGCAAGAAUGAAGGACGGCAGGGAGGUGGCCAUGAAAAUACAGUACCCAGGUGUUGCUCAGAGUAUCAACAGCGACGUGAACAACUUGAUGGCCGUGCUGAAUAUGAGCAAUACUCUGCCUGAAGGUCUUUUCCCAGAGCACCUUAUAGACGUCAUGAAAAAAGAACUGGCACUGGAGUGUGACUACGUCAGAGAAGCCCAGUGUGCAAAGAGAUUUCGGGAGCUAUUAAAAGACCAUCCGUUCUUUUACGUACCCGAGGUGAUCGACGAGCUGAGCAGCACUCACGUCCUGACCACGGAGCUCGUCCCCGGGUUUCCUCUGGACAAGGCUGAGAACCUCGGCCAGGAACUGAAGAACGAGAUCUGCUACAACAUUUUGACGUUGUGCCUCCGAGAGCUGUUUGAGUUCCGAUACAUGCAGACGGACCCGAACUGGUCCAACUUUUUUUAUGACCCACAGACACACAGGGUGGCGUUGUUGGACUUUGGAGCCACGAGAGGAUUUGAUCAAAGUUUUACUGAUCUGUACAUAGAGAUCAUCCAUGCAGCUGCCGAGGGCGACAGAGAGGGUGUUCUAAAUAAAUCGAUCACCAUGAAGUUUCUGACUGGCUACGAGUCAAAGGCUAUGGUGAAAGCCCACGUGGAUGCUGUGAUGAUCCUCGGUGAGGCCUUCGCUUCCACCGAACCCUUUGACUUCAGCUCCCAGUCCACCACCGAGAGGAUCCACAACCUCAUCCCUGUCAUGCUCAGACAUCGACUCACCCCGCCUCCUGAGGAGACGUAUUCUCUCCACCGCAAGAUGGGUGGCUCAUUCCUCAUCUGCUCUCGGCUCGACGCCAAGCUGCUGUGUAAGGAGAUGUUCCAAAAAGCCUAUAAGAAAUACUGGGAGAGCCACAGCUCGCCUUCAGCCUCCGCUUGAGCUUCCCCUGCGCGUUUGACUUACAUCCGCUAAGGCAGUCACCAAGGUUGAACAGCAUUGGACGCAGUCGUCGCAGUUUUUGUUGGUAGCCUUGGUAGCUGCAAGCCUUUUGUUCUUGUUUUGGGCAUCCCCUGGUGGUGAGUUUAGGAAAAACACUCAUUCAUAUUUGCCGCCAUCAUUUCUUGCAUUAGUUGCGCUUCAAGGCCAACCCCUUCUGUGACUAUAUAUGCCCCCGAGAGGAUGGAAAAGAGGGAGAGGGGCAGAUCUUAUUUCAGGCAUAAAUUUACUGUAAAAUGGUUGAUAACAGCUCAUGUUUCUUUCCCGAUUUUAAGAUGAGGAUUUUUGUCUUUUUUUUGUUUGUUUGUUGUUUUGCAUUGCUGUGAUUUGUUCUUUUUGGAUUGUAUUGCCAAUCUCGUUACUUGUCUGCUUGGCUACUAAUGGGAUUGUAAUGCACUUGGAAACACCUCUUUCCAUAAGUUAAAGAACCAAAUUACCAAAGUGGAAACGCACACAGUCGCAGCGUCACCAGGAGUAGCAAAUCCGUUUGGUGACAUUGCCGCUUUCAUUGCUUAUUUCUAGACAGGAGUGAGUUCGUUAUGCAGUCCAAAGCCGGUCUCCCAUUGCUGAUAUUUGACAAGCUUGUAUACUUUUUGGCCUGGAUUUUUGGCCUUAUGUUACGAAACUGGAGCAUCCAGCCUGAAACGCAUCUCGCUCCAUCUUGAAAUAAAUAAUCGUGAAUGUGGAUUUGGCUGCUCAGUUAUUUUGAUGCCAUGGUACAGUCUAAGAUAAAUUUCGAAAAGCAUUGCAGAUUGUUUUCUGUUUUGGAGCAAGCUGUGAGAGGGGUGAAAAUUGACUGUAGCAAGGUUGCAAUCAUGAACGCAGAGGUUUGCACGAGUGUCACGUCCAUUCUGGGAAAAAUGGAUAUAAUAUACGUGCACAAUGUGUGGCAAAAGUAGACUGUGGACAUGCAGGUUCAACACACAGUAACAGACCUGUUGUUCUUUGUGGAAAAGUGUGGUAACAACCUUGGGAGAACUAUGUAGGCUAUAUGGAGUACAUGCAAAGAAGCACUAUUGUAUUGAGACUCGUCCAGAAUAAUUAAACAAAUUUUGCCUAUUUUCAUCAAUCUGGACUGAAUUCCUCAUUUUACAAAUUUGAUUACCAUUGGUGCCAGAAAUCAAAUGAUGGGAGCCCGGCUUAUGUCUGACAAAAUUGGCGGAAAACCGCUAGUUUGUGUUGCAUUUAUUUAAAAAAAAAAAAAAAAAUCAACAUUAAAGUUCUCACUUUUUAACUCAUUUAUGUUUCCGUUUCAAGUUCCAAUUGCUGUUAAUAGCUUUUGACUUUUUAGGGACAAUUUGAAGGGAUCUGUCAGUUCUUGUUGUGGGGGUUUGCUUUUUGUUUUUUGUUUUGUUUUUUUUUUAAAUCGAGAGGAUUUGUACGCGUCUGUGCUUUAAUGAACCUCAGGUAUAGGUGUGAUUUUCGGACAGUGUACGGCGUCUUUGUAAGAGCAGAAAAGUUUGUUCACUUUCUUAAUUGUUUGUGUCUCCGAUUAUGUGAAAAUCAUUCAGCCAGUUUUUAUGAAACAAGGUGGAAAUGAUUGUAAGAGGAUGAACACAUUAAAUUGAACUGUUCUGGAUCCAGUUUUGCAUUUUUUUAAAGGGGUCAUGUUGGUGGUCAUUCCAUGCCAAAUCAAUAGAUGAGUGACUUGACCUGUUUUGGGAAAAUGUAAAAAUAUGUAGAUUUUGAGCUCAACUGGGGCGAACGAUUAACAAUUUUAUGAAAUGACAAAAAAAAAAAUUGAAUCCUUCAGAUGCUCAUGUCUUUGUAACUCAUGGCUCAAAUUGCAUAGAUUGCAUUUAUUAGAAACAAUUAGUAAGUUUCUACAGGUAUAGCUGUACCUUUUUGAUGUGGGUGACCUCGAAAGUGCCUCUGAGGGGUUCGUUGCCCGCUGGUGGUUGGUGAAGCUACGGCAGGUUGAGCCAUGAGGUAUUUAAAAAAUGUCUGAUUUUCUAUUUUGUAAUAAAAGUGUAAAAUUACUAAAAAAACAAAUACAGAAACCGUGAAACAAAGCUGCAGGUUUUAAAUUGACCUAGCUUAACACAAUGUAUAUUGGAGAUUGUGCGAUGACAAUUUAUCCAUCUAUGAUACAGAUACUGGAACCUUCAGCAUCUGCCAAUCUCGAUACCUCCUCCCGUUUCAAAACAAUGAAUCUGUUCAUAAAUACAUUUGUCUGGAUGUACAUUGCUUACAAAACAUCAACGCAAACUAUGUAGCAAAUACUGUAGUCCCCUUAAAGAACAUGUACAUAGCCCACACUGACCCAGAAUCGCAAGAGACUCAAAUUGCAUUUUUUAAAUUAAAUUUCUGGUCAUUUUUGCCAAUACCUGACCAAUAUGACCCAACAUUUCAUCCCUAUAUAUGCGACCCAAAGAGUUCUUAAGUUUGGCAGUCUCUCCUCGACAGAAACCUGUAUGAUGCAAUCUUUAAACAAUAAAUAAAAAUUGAUGUAUUGAAGAUGAGUUGACCUAAAUUUUGGGUCUAACACUAGAAUACCUAUGACAUGGGGAUGAUUAGCGUGGGUGAUUUUUGCACAAUAUGACCCCUUUAAAUUGGCAAAAUAGGGCAUUUUUGAAUGUUUUGUGACUCAAAAUCCCGGUGUGUUGUUUUUCAGAAAAGCGUUGUCACACAUGAACUUGUUCAGAAAUAAUAAGGUUGCGUCCACAUAGAAGAGCAUUUUUGUACGAGGGUCACUGGAUCUGUAAGGACUGCUUGAUCCGUUGGUGGACAAAUUGUGAGAGAAACGGGGACGCGAAUGGACUAUCAGGAUUGAAGAGGCUCCACCCACUUAGGGCACAAGCUUAACUCCAGCGCCCACCUUGCUUUCAGAAGUCACUCCUCCCGUCCCUUCUUGGGUAUAUGGAGUGGGGGGGCUGAGCUGCCUCUAGUUUCCAGCAGAAGGAUUGUAGCCAGAAAUGUCGCUGUUAUAUUUCAUAUCUAAUCAAAAUACAUUCUGAAUUUUGUGAUAAAUACUUUAUAGGAAGAGUAAAUGUUUAAUUUUA